CGAGACWCAUACCAAACGCCMUUCCGUUUCAUCAGAGAUAAUUUGCAAUACAGUAGCCAUGCUUUCGACUUCUUUUGUAUCGAGGAUGCCGGUGCUUCUAGCYCCGUGCCUGCUUCUCGUCGUUGUGGUGUCGGCCUAUGCCCCCAACCGACCCCCSUCGACCGGGAGCGAUCUCUUGGAGCGCCGCGGGGUGUUGUCCAAGACGGCGGCGGCGGUGGCAUUUGUCGCAACCGGUGGGGCACUGCCGGAACCKGCCUCCGCGGGGGUCCAGGCGAGCAAGUUUUGCGCCUACGGAGAGGGAAACGACUGCGAGGACCUCGCCGAGGGCAACCCCUACAUCCUGGAGCUCCAGAGGAGGAGUGCGGCCAACAAGCAAAACAACAUCGACAGYGCGAAAAACGCCUUUUACGCCAAGAACUACCCCGAUUGGUUCGCGGCCGUGGGGAAAACAAUGGUGCAGAAAGAAAGCGACGGGACCUUUAUCGUCGUAGACGAUGCCGAGUUGUACAAGCUGCGGCAGGAGGGAAAGAUCACCACGAAAGUCCCUUCCGCCAUGGGAGGGAGGGUCACCGACGUGACGCAAAAGCCCAUGCUGGUGUUGAAGGACUAGGGCAAACACCGAAAAYGGACCAAAACUUUAAUCAAAAGUCGUCGGGGAC